AUGUCCCAAUUAUUUUCACCAUUGGCCCUCCAGGCCUUACGGGCUCUUGUACAGCGCCCAGCUCAAUCAACACCUCUCCGCACCCUCACUACCUCCGUCAGUACCUUCCGUUGUCCCGCGAUCACAUCCCGCUUCAAUUUCCAACCCGUCUUCCGCACCCCGACUGCUCUUUCAAUCACUGCCAGCCGCCAAUUCUCCAGCUCGCCUAUUGUUCGCGCUACUUACAAUCAAGUGCGCCGUGGCUGCCGUAUUGGCCAGCGUGCACGUCGUGGUCGUUCGCCGGCAUUGAAGGGCACGCCUUCCUUGAAGGGUGUUUGUCUUAAGAUCGGUAUUACGAAGCCUAAGAAGCCUAAUUCUGGAGAGCGAAAGACUUGCAGAGUGCGGUUAAGUUCUGGCAAGGUUGUCAGUGCGAUCAUCCCUGGUGAAGGUCACAAUAUCCAGCAGCACAGUGUCGUCCAGGUCCGCGGUGGCAGAGCUCAGGAUUGUCCUGGAGUGAAGUACCACUUGGUUCGUGGUGCCAGCGAUCUGGGUGGUGUUGGAAGCCGAGUAUCCAGUCGGUCGAAGUACGGAACCAAGAAGCCCAAGAGCAAUUAA